ACCUUCUCUCCUGCUUCCUUUAUACCGGGUCCCCUUCGCUGCACGCAGCAGCACAAUCCACAAUCCACAGAGCUCCCAAAGCUAGCCGAGUCGCGCACACGCACACCGGUUGCAAGAGAAGGAAGAAGAAGGAAGGAGGCAAUGGCGGAGCUGUUCGCCCCCCUCCUCCACCUGCCGGACGUUCUCGAGCGCCUCGCCGCCGACCACCACGGCCACGCCCACGGCCACCACCACGACGCGCAUGGACACGGACAUGAGCAAGCCCGAGCGCUCGGAGUAGGCGGCGGCGGCGGCGGCGCGCCGGUGGAUAUCGUGGAGACCCCCGGCGAGUACGCCUUCGUGCUCGACGUCCCCGGCCUCUCCAAGUCCGACAUCCAGGUGACUCUGGAGGAGGACAGGGUGCUGGUGAUGAAGAGCGCCAACGGCGCCGGGAAGCGGAAGCGGGAGGAGGACGAGGAGAAGGACUGCCGCUACAUCCGCCUCGAGCGCCGCGCGACGCCGCGGGCGUUCGUGCGCAAGUUCCGCCUGCCGGAGGACGCCGACGCCAGCGGCAUCGCGGCGCGCUGCGAGAACGGCGUGCUCACGGUCACCGUCAAGAAGCAGCCGCCGCCGGAGAAGAAGACCAAGUCCGUGCAGGUCGCCAUCGCCUGAUCGGUCGACGGCUUCAACAAGUGCAGUACUGUAGUACUAGGUGUCAGUGUAGAUCAGUGUGUCGAAGUGGCAGAGUGUGGUAGUCUGUCAGUAUGCUCGGUUCGUGACCCGGAGGCCUGGAAUGAUGCUGGUUAAUUUGUGGUCUGUCUUUUUUCGAUGUUUCUGUGGAAUUAAUGGAACCGUGGGAUGAAUGGAUGAUGCGCAACGAAUUUACUCAGUCGCCAAAA